ACAAUCACCACCAAAAAUGGGCCUCAAAGAAACAGCAUCAGCCAUCAAUGGCGGCAAUUCUACCAUUAAAAUAGUAAUUGGAGAAACCCCAUUUCAUAUCACAUGGACCCUCCUCCUGUUCCUUUGGCGUUUUCGUUCAUUUUCUGAUUUUCAUCAAUCAAUCAAUGCAAUCGACUGAGAAUACGAUUUUCUCUUUGUUUCGAGUUAUGUUGAUGGAGAUUUCUAUUUUUGGAUCUUGAGAAAGCUUCUGGGAAGUUUGAAAUGCAGCCGGCAAUUGAAGCAAAGAAAACUGUUAAAUCAUCCUCUUGGUGCUUAUUCAUUCUUGCUUAAAAAGCCUCAACUCUCAGUUUAAAAUGAGCUUCAAAAGGGGCCUCGAGCUUGUCGUCUUCGUUUUCUCUGCAGUCUUCUGUUUUGCAGCGACUUUUUAUCCGGUCAUGUCAGAGCCAAUCAAAGACAAGGAAGCUUUGCUUAAUUUUAUUAACAAGAUGGAUCAUUCACACUCGCUCAAUUGGAAGAAGAGCACUUCUUUGUGCAAAGAAUGGAUUGGGGUUCAAUGCAACAAUGCCGAAUCUCAAGUUGUAGCUCUGCGAUUGGCUGAAGUUGGCUUACAUGGUUCGAUCCCGAUCAACACUCUCGGUCGACUAUCGGGACUCGAAACUCUAAGUCUAGGAUCGAAUUACAUAUUAGGGCCUUUCCCUUCCGACUUCCAAAAACUGAGAAAUCUCAACUCACUCUACUUGGAAAACAACAAGUUUUCCGGUCCAUUGCCAUUGGAUUUCUCAGUAUGGAAGAAUCUCAACAUCAUUGAUUUCUCCAACAAUGCCUUCAAUGGGAGCAUCCCUCAAUCUAUUUCAAACACGACGCGGCUAACGACAUUAAACCUUGCCAAUAAUUCACUCUCUGGUGAGAUUCCAGACCUCCACCUUCCUAUUUUGCAGGAGUUGGAUCUUUCAAACAACUAUCUCACAGGGAAUGUUCCUCAGUCCCUUCAAAGAUUUCCAAGUCGAGCAUUCUCCGGUAACAACCUCGUCCAUGGAAAUGCCAUUCCUCCAGUUCGUCCUGGGCCAUCGCCCAAUGCUCAACCAUCAAAGAAAGGUACAACAACAAUUGGUGAAGCAGCAAUUUUGGGCAUUAUAAUUGGAGGUUCUGCAAUGGGGCUAGUAAUAGCAGUCAUUUUGAUGGUUAUGUGCUGUUCAAACAGAGGAGUAAAAGACAAGGCCUCAUCAAAACUGGACAAACAAGAUCUGUUUGUAAAGAAAAAGGGAUCUGAGACACAAAGCAACAAUCUCAAGUUUUUUCAAAGUCAGAGCCUUGAGUUUGACCUGGAGGACUUGUUGAGAGCAUCUUCCGAGGUGCUCGGGAAGGGGACGUCUGGGACGACGUAUAAGGCGACUUUAGAAGACGGUAAUGCUGUGGCAGUGAAGAGGUUGAAGGAAGUGAGUGUUUCAAAGAAAGAAUUUGAGCAGCAAAUGGAGGUACUAGGGAGCAUUGAACAUGAAAAUGUGUGUGGUUUAAAGGCAUAUUAUUAUUCAAAGGAUGAGAAACUCAUGGUUUUUGACUUUUACCAACAUGGAAGUGUCUCUGCAAUGUUGCACGUUGCGAGAGAGAAACGGCAGUCUCCUCUAGACUGGGAAGCUCGACUCCGAAUUGCCAUUGGCGCCGCCAGAGGAAUCGCUCGCAUCCACUCUGAAAACUGCGGCAAACUCCUCGUACAUGGAAACAUCAAGGCCUCAAACAUCUUCCUCAACUCCGACGGCUACGGUUGUGUCUCCGACGUCGGCGUCGCCGCUCUGAUGAACCUCAUGGCCCCGCCGGCCACCAGAUCCGCUGGAUACCGUGCUCCCGAACUCAAGGACUCUCGCAAAGCAUCUCAAGCCUCUGAUACUUACAGCUUCGGUGUCGUGCUUCUCGAGCUCCUCACUGGAAAGUUUCCACUGCAUACGAAGGGAGGCAACGGCGGAGGCGGCGGCGAUCAGAUUAUCCACUUAGUGCGGUGGGUGAACGCGGUGGUCCGAGAGGAGUGGACGGCGGAGGUGUUCGAUGUGGAGCUUUUGAGGUAUCCGAACAUAGAGGAGGAGAUGUUAGAGACGCUGCAGAUUGCGCUAUCUUGUGUAGGAAGAGUUCCGGAUGAUCGGCCGGCAAUGGCGGAUGUUGCAGCACGUUUGGAGGGAGUUCGCCGGGUGAGCGGCGUUGGAAACCAACCGCCGCCUCCGGCGUUGGAACGUGUAGCGGAGGAUUUGAUCCAGAUUCAGGUGAAUGUGGCUGAGGGUGACGGUGGAGGUCCGUCGAGAUCCGAUUGAGGAAUUCGGUUUUGGUUGAAAGAUCAUUGGGAUUGGAAUCGAGUUGUUCGAAACUGGAUGAACAAAUUCAACCAGUGGAUUUGUUUAGGUUAGUUUUUACUCGCUCUUCAAAAUUUGCUCAUUUGAUUGGUUCCUUCGGGUUUUGGGUUUUGUUCUUCAUCCUUUUUGUUUAUAAUAACAAUAAUUUAGUAGUUCCUGUAAUUUAUUAUUUUCACUAAAAAUGGGUUAAAAUUUUGUUUUCAUGUUA